GUCGGAGCUCCAUCAGCUGCCGCAGGCACCGCGCCCCAAGGCUGAGCCACGAUGAGCGGCAGAGUCGGUGACCUGAGCCCCAAACAGGAGGAGGCACUGGCCAAGUUCCGAGAAAAUGUUCAGGACGUGCUGCCCACCCUGCCCAAUCCAGAUGACUACUUCCUCCUUCGAUGGCUCCGAGCCCGAAGCUUUGACCUGCAGAAGUCAGAGGCCAUGCUCCGAAAGCAUGUGGAAUUCCGGAAGCAAAAGGACAUUGACAAAAUCAUCAGCUGGCAGCCACCAGAGGUGAUCCAACAGUAUCUGUCAGGCGGCAGAUGUGGCUACGACUUGGACGGCUGCCCUGUCUGGUACGACAUCAUCGGCCCUCUGGAUGCCAAAGGUCUGCUGUUCUCCGCCUCCAAGCAGGACCUGCUCAGGACCAAGAUGAGAGACUGUGAGCUGCUUCUGCAGGAGUGUAUCCAGCAGACCACAAAGCUAGGGAAGAAGAUAGAGACCAUCACCAUGAUUUAUGACUGUGAAGGACUCGGCCUCAAGCACCUCUGGAAACCUGCAGUGGAGGCCUAUGGAGAGUUCCUCACCAUGUUUGAAGAAAAUUAUCCUGAAACACUGAAGCGUCUGUUUGUUGUUAAAGCUCCCAAGCUGUUUCCUGUGGCCUAUAACCUCAUCAAGCCCUUCCUAAGUGAAGACACUCGGAGGAAGAUCAUGGUUCUGGGGGCAAACUGGAAGGAGGUUUUACUCAAACAUAUCAGCCCUGACCAGCUGCCUGUGGAAUACGGAGGCACCAUGACAGAUCCUGACGGAAAUCCCAAGUGUAAAUCUAAGAUCAACUAUGGGGGCGACAUUCCCAAGCAGUACUACGUGCGAGACCAGGUGAAGCAGCAGUAUGAACACACCGUGCAGGUCUCCCGAGGCUCCUCCCACCAAGUGGAGUAUGAGAUUCUUUUCCCGGGCUGUGUCCUCAGGUGGCAGUUUAUGUCGGAGGGAUCAGACGUGGGUUUUGGGAUUUUCCUGAAGACCAAGAUGGGGGAACGGCAGCGGGCAGGGGAGAUGACGGAGGUGCUGCCAAACCAGAGAUACAAUUCCCACAUGGUGCCUGAGGAUGGAACCCUCACCUGCAGUGAGCCAGGCAUCUAUGUUCUGCGGUUCGACAACACCUACAGCUUCAUCCAUGCCAAGAAAGUCAGUUUCACCGUGGAGGUCCUGCUUCCAGACAAAGCAGCCGAAGAGAAGAUGAACCAGCAGGGGGCAGACACCCCCAAAUAACACCUCGCCCCUGCAGCAGGCCUGGCCCCCCCAAUGUCUUCCUGUCAGUUUCUUUAGUCAUUUUCCUGCAACCAAUUAGCCCAAAGAAACUGGGCUGGAGGGAAGACUUCAGACUGGACGGAGCUCCUGUUCAGAAUCAGAAUGAGGAUAAAUAGCUAGAUGGGUCCUCGUCGUCAGAAUACUAAGGGGUCUCCAGGGACCGGCUGUAAUGAUGUCUACCCUGUAGACUUUGCCAACUUCACCUGCCCAGGAACAGCUGAGACAGGGAGGGAAGGGUACACAGGAUGGUGGCAGGGAAGAACUUAGAAAGAAGUGAAGCGAUUGGAUGUCAUACUCAGGGAAGCCAGCUGCUGGGGAGAAACUUGCUCCUAAAUGAACAUGGACCAAACCUCCAUGAUUGUAAUGAUGGUUGCAAGGUAGCAGGCCACUAGAUGUGAUGGGUAUCCAAAGCUCUUUGAAACUUUUUGUCAUAAGCCUUGAGUCUCUCGUCCCCCCCCCCCCCCAAUCUCAGGAGUAACCCAAGUCAGCACUGGAAGGAAGGCUAACAGCCCCCCCCCCCAGAACCUCAUUAACUCCUGGGUUCCACUGGCUGCCUGUUUAAACCCUCCACAAGCACAAGGGUAAUUAAUUUCAGGGAUCAUAGAUAGGAAAGGACCAAGGAGGCGGUGGGUGGGCCCCAAGCCUCUCACUAAGUAACCCUCCGCUUGAGCAGCCCUACACAAAGAUGACAAUUGGGGCUGAGACAGCACUGAGUGCACUUCCCAGUCCAGUCUCCCACAGUGCCUGAGAACCAGUCUCCUGACAGGAGCAAGGGCUUGGUGGGCCCUUCUCUGUGGAGGCGUGUAAUAGCAGCAGUGGCUUCCUCUUGCCUGGGGAUGCAGGUAGCCAGGGUGGGCGGUUUCCCGGGAAGGUAGCCAUAGCUGGGCAAACAUUUGAGCCAGGGUAAAGAGGGGGGCCAGGCACAGGUGACCUUGCAAUAAAAAGCUCUUGACCCCACACAACUUGAGAGCCAGGUUACAGGCUGCCCAGAAUUCAGGAAGGAUGCCCCAGGCCCUUGCGGGGUCUGCCUUUUCCUCUGAACGAGGCGUUGGCCCAGCCUCGUCUCAGGAAGCGGAGGGAGCUCUGGGCAGGUGCAGGGAUGGCAAGCAGAGAGGGCCGAGGCUACCCAGGAUCUAGUCACACAUCUCAGGGGCACAGCCUGGCCUUGGUUUACAAUGCUGUUAGGUACAUUAACCAAUGAAUAAAGUGAUCAAUUUUCAAAGCAAA